UUUAUUUGAAAAUUUGGUGUUACAACUUUGUAAUAUUUAUUGCUGCUGUGAAGCCAAGUCAGCUCAUCUCAACCCAAUAUAAUAUACAGAUGCAGGCAUGGUUACACAAAAUGUGUGUAUACUAAGAGAUGAUGGUUCUCUGAAGUGAAUAUUUUUAGGUAUACCAAUACAGCCAUAUUCACAGCAAUUAUACUUGUUAUUUGAAGAAUUCUUGACUUUUUUUAAUAAAUACCUUUUAUUAAACCAUGUAGGCUUUGGAAAGUUAGUGAUCCUGAUAAAUUGAUUCGCCAUCUCAGGACAGUGGAAAUGAAAAGAAAGUAAUAUAUUUUCCCUUCAUUACUGUUUGGUUCAUAUAGCAUAGUUUAUACUGCUAAAUUCCAAGUAAAUAUAGUUCUCCGUACCUGUUCAAAAUGGCUUAAAAUUGGGAAAGCAUGUUGUACUUCUCAAAGCAAGCAAAUGGAUUUGUAUUCCCUUAGGUGAAUCCAUUGAGUAGAUGCUCCAGCAUCUUCAGAGGAGGCAAAAAGAAGGAAACUUCAUAAGAUGCAAGAGGAACUCAUAAACAUGGAGGAGAGGAGAGUUUGGUGCCGGCGGCAUGCGGCGACUGUACCGACUGUGACGUCACAUCAUGCGGUACAAGGUGACUGAUCCCGAGACAGCUGCCACGCACCACCAAACAGAUGGCAGCACCGGGAGUCAGGCUUCAGCCCGGCUGGUGGUAGUGAUUGCUCUCCUCGCUACGGCUGUCGUGGCGCUGGCGGCAGCGGUGGCAGUACUCACCACAGUCAACAUGAAGGCCGAGGAGAGGAUGUUACAGUCACAGCACAGAUUGGUGGCCACUAGCUGUUUGACAGAAGAGUGUGUCCGGUCAGCUGCGCGGAUACUGGAGAGUAUUGACAGGGACUCAGACCCAUGCGAGGACUUCUACCAGUUUGCAUGCGGUGGUUGGAUCAGCCACCACCCAGUGCCCGAGUCGCAGAGCACAUGGGACCAGUUCAGAGCUCUGCGGGAACAGCUGCUUGUCCAGCUCAGAGCACUUCUGGAAGAGGAGGGUUCUGAGGAUGAUGUGAAGCCAGUCCAACAGGCUAGAAUGCUGUACCGAGUGUGUCUAGACACAGACAAGCUGGAGGCACUAGGCCUUGAGCCCAUGCUGACUGUGCUGCAGAAACUAGGACUCAGCACCAGCAGUGUCCCUCCCUCUGGACAGCCAUUUGAUUGGCUGCAGACAGUGGGGCAGGCACAAAGGAUGCUAGGUCUCAACAUAAUGGUGGGCUUCUGGGUCAGCCAGGAUGUUCGUAAUACGUCACGCAACCUCAUGGUGGUUGAUCAGAUCUCGCCCGGCAUCAGUGAACGCUACCUGCUGGACCCUGCACGAUUCCAAACAGAAUUGACUGAGUACCACAGCUACAUCCGGGACAUGGUGCAAGUGUUUCAGGAUCACCUGCCCAACUCUACAGCUCACAAUGCCACACUCUUUGCGGAUGAUGUUCUCCAAUUCAGCACACAGCUGGCUGCAAUCAUGACUCCUGCUGAGGUGCGGCGUGACACCAAGAACCUCUUUCAUGAAAUGUCAGUGUUCACACUCCAGAACCUCACAGACCUCAGAGAGGAGGAGGAUAGUCUUAACACAAAGCUGAACUGGACAAGAUAUCUAGAUUAUAUCUUGGACAAUACCAAUGUCACACUUGACUAUGAUAGCGACCACUUGGUUGUCAUGGAUAUCGCCUACCUGCAGAAGUUGGCAGCACUGGUGUCCAUCACUGACCAGGACACGCUUGAGCGGUUUGUGUGGUGGAGUGUUUUUUCAACAUUAGCACCGCUCACACUGCAAGAGUUUCGGGACCUUGCCUUUCGGUUCAGCCAGAGAGUCUUUGGAUUGCAGCAGAAAACUGCCAGGUGGAAAGGCUGCACUGGAAAUGUGAACUCAAAUUUUGGUAUGGCUGUUAGCUAUCUGUAUGUGCAGAAACACUUCAACAACGAGUCCAGAGAAAAGGCAUUGGAGAUGGUGAAUGACAUUCGGACUGCCUUUACCGAGAUUGUCAUGGAGCUGGACUGGAUGGACACUGAAACAAAGGAAAGAACUCUGGAGAAAGCUCAUGCAAUGAGGCCAUUCAUAGGAUUCCCUGGCUGGCUUCUGACCCCUGGUGAGCUGGAGAAGUACUAUGAGGGGGCAGAAGUGGUGGAUGGAUUGCUGUUCGAGACAUACCUCAGAUUGUCAGAGGAGUCAGUCAAAACAGCACUUCAGGAUUUGCGCAAGGCUCCAGAUUACAACAGAUGGGUGACACCUGCCACAACUGUCAAUGCCUUCUACUCCCCCAUCCUCAAUUCAGUCACAUUUCCUGCUGGAAUUCUUCAGCCUCCAUUUUAUGGUUUAGGACUUGAGUCCCUAAAUUAUGGAGCCAUCGGAGCCAUCAUGGGGCAUGAGCUUACCCAUGGUUUUGACGAUCAAGGUCGUCGCUAUGACAAGGAUGGGAACCUCAAGCAAUGGUGGACUGAGGACACACUACAAGAGUACGAGCAUCGUGUACAGUGUAUUGUGGAACAAUACAGUCAGUACAACGUAUCACAACUCGGCGAGAACUUUACAGUAAAUGGUAUCAACACGCAGGGUGAGAACAUUGCAGACAAUGGUGGCCUCCGUGAGGCACUCAGGGCAUACCACAAAUUCCGGAGCCGAAUUCCGGGUGAGCAGCUGUUACCAGGUCUCUCACAAUAUUCACCUGAACAGCUCUUCUUUCUUGGCUUCGCACAUAUGUGGUGUGGAAACUCAACACUAGGGGCUCUCAAGUCACGUGUGGUGGACGGAGUUCACAGCCCCAGUAGGUUUAGAGUUAUUGGGACACUCUCGAACUCAAAGGAGUUUGCUGAUGCAUGGGGUUGCCCCGCAGGGAGCCUGAUGAACCCAGACAAGAAGUGUGUUUUGUGGUGACACUGUGUUGAAGCUUGUCAUCAGAAUUACUACUGGUCUGUGUGUCAGUGCAUUACAAUAUAUGUCAGUUCUCUACGUUUUGAAUGGCAGUGAUAGGUUUAGUCGCUGUGAUCAAAUUUGGAUUGCACAUCAUUUGAAAAUCCAGAGUCAUUUUCCCUGACAGUUUGUAAUAAUUGAAGCAAAAUUUGGCACUGCAAAGAAAUAUUGCAUUUAAUUACAGCUGGAGAAUAACAAUAGUAUUUACAAACCAUAGCAAAGCAAGGUGCUUACACAUGGCAUUUUCUUUACUUGACAAAUUUCCAGUAUUUGUUUGACUAUAAAUUGUAAUGUAUUUACUUUAGCAUGCAGUGGUAAUUGUAUGCACCAUUCAGUAACUCCUCAUUUCGCACUCACAGUUUAUUUAUGUGGUCCAUUCAGUUCUCACACUAAACAGCAAUCUUUUCCCCGAACACUGAUUCUUGUGAUGGGAAUGCAGUAUGUUUUCUGGGAGGUAGGGACCACAUUGGUACAUGUUAUUUACAUGAUUCAAAAGCUUUCUGCUGUUGGCACAAAUGUUAUAUUAAAAGUUAGAGGCUGCUGGCUAUGCCAAGUACUGUACUUUCUACUGACUCAGGCAGCCAUUCUCUCCACAAAUUAUCAGUAUUAUUUAUAUAUAGCCUCUUUUUUUUUUUUUUUACCCACUGUGCAUCUACGCAUUUGUGAAAUGCAGGGGACGGAAAUGUCUGUAGAAAUAUGGGUUAUGGAUUCAACAACCUAUAAACCAACACAAUCACUAUGAAUGCCAGGAAUGACAUAAGAGGGAGACUGCAUGGUAUCGUCAAGAAUAUUCUUUCACAUGUAUCUAUCAUGUGAAAACUAUAUCUGUCUUGUACUUAAGAGGGGCAGGAUAUUACAAAGUACAUGUAGAAGAUCACUCUGGUAUUUAGGAGGCUGUGUUUGUUCUCUUAACCAUUAUACUUAUUAUCAAAGGAACAACUCACUGAAAUUAAUUUUAACCAAGGAAGUUUCUGUGUGUAAAUUUCCUUAGCAUAGGUUCCAUUAAAGGCAUGACAUAUCUAGCCAAUAGUGACCCUGUUUGGGUCAGCCAGCUGCCCAGCACUUUUGAUAACUCUACAUGAAAGUCGUGGAACAUCAAAUUAUGUGAUUUUGAAGUUAAUGUAAUAAGUCCUCACCUUCACGUCCACUUCCCAGGCCCCACUCACUUGACCCAUGAAAUAUUCUCAUGGAGUUACAUCAAGAGUGGCUUGCAUGGCCGUGGUGGACCGGUGACCAAUGUACUUGAACUAUGGCUGUAAUAGCAGUAACUCUACAAGUGGGCUAAAUUGGUUAUCAGGUAAAUAUCUGCAAAGGGAAUGUAUGUGGAUAUUUACUGACAGAAACUUUCUGAGUUAAGCUUCGACUGAGUGAAUAGCUUCAACAAUGUGUAUAAUGGUUAUCGAAAUACAGCCUUGUGAAACUAUAGCAUGCCUCUCUGAACAGCCAUUGUUAAUGUAAGGUAUCCUCCUCUAACAGAAUUACUUGAACAUGAGCCGGUUGAUUCUAAAGUUAUUCAUGGAAACACACAUCUUUAAGCUGUCAGUGAUAGUCAAGGACAUGGACCGAUGGAACAUUUUACAUUAUGAAGUAUUUGUAUGCUGCAUGUGGAACAUGGCAAACAGUCUCAACAUUGGUAUUUGUAUGCAGUAUUCCCCAGCUCCUGAAAACCACUGACAGAAACAAGAGCAUUAUGAAGUGACGAUACUAGUGGCACAUGCAUCUGGUAUAAUGUUACUUUUACUUCCUGGCUUCUGCUUUCCGCCUUCUGCCUUCCCCACACAACUCUGAAUGUAGGGGAAGCAGAUUCCUCCAAAACAUCAGAAAUUUCUUCUUAUAACACAGACUGUUGAAGCCAUGGAAACACUGUACUGUUGUUUAUUUGGUUAUGUUGUAUCAUCUCCAGAUGUUAAGUUGCACUGCAUAUGUGGUAUUAUAACUCUGUACUGGAAAUCAAGAUGAAUGUGAGAAGGAGCAGUUUUGCAGAGAGGAAACGAAGAAAACUAGAAAAACCUCAGCUGUCGUGUUCCAGUUUUGAUAGUUAUGACUGAAGUUCUCAUGGUUCUCUUCAGGCACUCUACACAAAUUCUGGGAAACUGAGACAGGGCUGUUUCCUUUCUCAUCUAUCUCUGUACUCAGGGCAUGUAAGAAUUUCUCAUUUGACAAAAAUAUUUUGUGUUCAUUCAGCAUUCUAAAAUGAGCAACAAAGAAGCAAUCAUCAGUAUAGUCUUAAGCCAAUAAUACAGUUGUCUGUUAUUUCCUACACUGCUAGCGGUGCUUCCAUCACUGGAAUCAAAGUACUAUACUAUAAUAUUUCUGCAUGUAUGCUUUCUGUUGGUGGAAACAACAUUGCAAUGUGGACACAGGCACAGCUGACAGAAGUGCAAAUAAAUCUAGUUUGCCUCCUUGGGUAUCAUGUGACAUAUUACAAGUUAAUAUUUUCACUAGGAAAAUAUGCAGCAUAUUUAUUGCUCUGGCAUUUACAACAACCUUUGAACCAAAUUUUAUAAUCCAGGUACUUCUUUGUCCAGUUGCCUGCCAGCCAGUCAACAUAAUCUCGUUGGUGCUGCAAUACUUGCUGUGUUGUUUCAGUUACAGAGGCAUGCAUUUUGCAACUCUUCUGCUGGACUGAAAGUCACUUGCGUUCAGUUUAAACAGCAGAUAUAUGGAUAGGUUCUGACUGCUUGUGCAGUCUUCUCGGUCUCACACUAGAGGGAUCAACAACAUCAACUGAACUCGCAACCUUGCAUACAUGUUUGCCACUCUAACAAUAUAAAAUCAAGAUAGAGAACUUUCAUGUGGUAAACAUGACAUCAGAAAUGUGUACUUUUGUAUUUACAAGCAGAUAUCGUGUGUGUAUACAUAUAUAUAGUAAUUUAAAAUGAAAAUGUAUGAAAUAUAGGUAUAUAAAUUAA